AUGAAUCAAACAGAAGUGAUUUUCAUUCAGGACAACAUAGUACAGCAAAAAGGCCGUAGAAUAAUUAGCAGUAAAGUACCCUGGAGAAGAGAAAUAAAAGGGAGAGCAGGAAUGUCUUAUGGAUGUGGAAAGCCAGCAAUACCUCCAGCUGUGUCCAGAGUAGUAAAUGGAGUGGAAGCACGUCCCCAUAGCUGGCCAUGGCAGAUCUCACUACAGUAUCAGAAAGGAGACAACUGGGGCCAUACAUGCGGUGGGUCUCUGAUUGCCACAAACUGGGUGAUGACCGCUGCUCAUUGCAUUAAUAAAUCCUAUAACUACAGAGUGUUAGUCGGGAAGCAUAACCUGCAGGAGUCUGAACCCGCCUCACAGACCAUCGCUGUGGAAAAGAUGUUUGUCCAUGAGAAGUGGAACCCAAUUCUUGUGGCUUUUGGGUUUGAUAUUGCCUUGCUUAAGCUUGCAGAACAUGUUACUGUGGGUGACAACAUUCAGCUUGCCUGCAUACCCCAUCCUGAAACCAUCCUAGCACAUGAUUACCCUUGCUACAUUACAGGCUGGGGCAGACUCUACACCAAUGGACCAAUUUCUGACACCCUUCAGCAAGCCCUCAUGCCUGUUGUCAGUUAUGAAAUCUGCUCCAAACCAGACUGGUGGUUUGUUGGAGUUAGAGAGACAAUGGUUUGUGCUGGUGGAGACGGCAUUGUUGCUGGAUGUAAUGGUGACUCUGGAGGGCCUCUGAAUUGCCAGAAUGCACAAGGAACAUGGGAGGUGCAUGGAAUUGCAAGCUUUGUUUCUGGACUUGGUUGCAACUAUGUAAAGAAGCCCACUGUUUUCACUCGUGUAUCUGCUUACAAUAGCUGGAUCGAUCAGAUACUGGCUAAUAACUGAAGACCUUUGGACAAAAAUUGCAAAUAAAACCUGUUUCAAAAGUU